AUGUACCUCAAGCAAGUGUCUGAUGAGGUGAUGGGAAACACACCGCUCGAAGGAAACGCGCUGGCGUAUCGGAUUUGUGUAGAGCCCGAGGAGGUCGACGGGCCGCGAAACAACCUUGAGCCGGGUCUCCACACGAGUUUCUGUCUUAUGGUUGAUGAGGAAUGUAUGCGCUCUGUGAUCGGUUGGAAGGGUGAUGGCGCGAAAGCCGUUAAUAAUACGCUGGACGAGGAAGAUAUCUUAUUCUGUUGCGACUGCGUCGCUUUUACCAAAUUUUACUGCGCACAAUUCGAGUGUGACGAGACAGCAGAAUUGGUGCCAGACGGCGAUACCGUAUGA